AUGUUUCGAACAAGACCAGUUCAUUUGGUUGCUAAUCGAAGUCGAACUGUUAACGCAAUUCUUGAAGAUUUACAGAUUCUGUCCCUGAGAAAUAACCGUGCGUUGUCCUAUUUGUAUAUCUCUGGAAAUCCAGGAAGUGGCAAGUCUCAGCUUGCUAGAUUAGUUGGUCAGCGUUAUGGCACAAGUAUUCCAGGAAGUUGGUUUCGUUCCAGUACGAGCAUUUUUGUCAUGACUUUAAACGGAAGAUCAUUACAUGAUAUCUUGGAAUCGUAUGUAGACUUUGCAGGACGUGUGAAUUGCGAUCAAAGUAACUUAGCAAGCAUCAGAAAUUCAAUUGAAGCAACGACAGAAGUGAAAAUACAAACUAUUCAAAGGGAAAUUGCAAAAAUGUUCAGAAAUUUCAAAGGCGAAUACACUUGGUUGUUGAUAGUUGAUAAUGUUGUAAACUUGAGUGAAAUAUCUUUAUUUCUCCCUCAACUGGAAGAUGAAGACUGGCAAGGUGGUCAAGUGUUAAUCACCACACAAGACAUGUCAUCUGUGCCAUCAAACAGUUCUCUGACUGUCCACAUUUCAGUUAGUAAAGGUAUGGAUCCACAAGAAUCAUGUGAGUUUCUUACAGAUCUAUCUGGGCUUGUUAAAAAUCACGAUUUAGUAUACGUAAGACAAGUUGCAAUAAAAUUGGAUUAUCAACCACUUGCCUUGGCCUUGCUGGGUUUUACGUCAAACAACUUCGAGAAAGCAAAGCAUCCUCACAGUUUAGCUGGAAAGAUUAUUUGA